AUGUUUUCAUUUUUAUCAUCGAAGGAACUGAUCGGUCAUUGUCUUUGCAAAGACGUGAAAGUCAAAAUUGAUCCUGUGUCUUUAACUGAUAAAUCCAAUGAAAUUCUCGUAUGUCAUUGUUCAAAUUGUCAACGUGCUGGUGGUGGAUUAUUAUCAUAUGAAAUAAUAUUACCCGAUGAAAAAGUUACUCUCAUCGAUGAUAAAUCAUUGAUUACAAGAUAUGAUGAUACUGAUACAAAGUCCAAAAAUGUUGUAGAACGCUAUUUUUGUCGUCAAUGUGGUAGUCCUAUCUAUGGAAAAACACCGAAAAAUAAACCAAAUAUUACUAUUGUCAAAUUAAGUUUAUUUGCUGGUGAUCAACUACCAUGUCCAACGAAAGAAGUAUUUUGUGCAGAAAUGAUGAAAUGGGAAAAAAAGAUUGAUGGUGUAAAACAUUACGAUGAAGGUCCUGAGUAA